AUGAGCAACAGCGAGUCUCCUCUCAUUCACACCAUGAGACACAACUAUGGUUCGACACAAUCCACUUCUGGCACAUCCCGAGAUGAUGGAGCAAUGGAUAGACGGUCCACUGUCCCAAGUUUUGUUGCUAAUAACGCCGGGAUGCUAUACAUUAUAUCUUCCGAGUUUUUUUUCGCUUCCAUGAAUCUAUCGGUGAAGUUGCUAAACAGCUUGGAGCCUCCGGUGCACGCGUUUGAAGUUAUUGUAGUUAGAAUGGGCAUCACGUUGACGUGCUGUGUGAUAUACAUGAUUGUCACGGGGGUCCCGAAUCCGGUCAUUGGCCCCAAAGGUGUUCGAACACUACUGGUAAUCCGUGGGAUCAGCGGGUUUCUCGGAUUAUGUGGACUGUAUCUGUCGCUUCAGUAUCUAUCUGUCGCAGAUGCGACAGUCCUGACUUUCUUGACACCUCUUACAACUGCGGUUGCUGGAUGCCUCCUCCUUAGGGAGGGCUACUCUGUCACUCAAGCCGUCGCGGGAGUUUGCAGUUUACUUGGUGUUGUCCUCAUCGCUCGCCCCCCAUUUCUAUUCAACUCCAUGCCAGCUGCUAUUCCUGACUCGCUGGAAACAACCCCAGCACAAAGGCUGGCGGCUGUUGGGGCAUCUUUGAUUGGUGUUGUUGGAGCCACUGGAGCAUAUACCUCGAUUCGCGCAAUUGGAAAGCGAGCUCAUCCGAUGCAUGUGAUGACAUUCUUUUCCUUGUGGUGCACCAUCAUCGCAUCUUUGGGGAUGGUCGUCUUCAAUAUUCCUGUCGUAUAUCCUAGAUCAUGGAGAUGGUCACUUCUUUUGCUCAUGGUCGGUGUCUUUGGCUUCGUGGCACAGACUCUCUUGACGUUGGGGUUGCAACGAGAAACUGUAUCGCGCGGUACCACUGGAAUGUAUAUCCAGAUACUUUUUGCUGUGGUGCUCGAACGCCUAAUCUUCGGAGUUGUACCGUCUUUGCUGUCAGUUCUCGGCGCCGCUAUCAUCAUGUCUUCCGCUCUCUGUGUCGUCUUGACAGGGCGACAACCUACCCCCGACAGCACCGCUGAAAGCACCGCUGACAGUACAGCUUAA